UGAUUCAAACUUCCUUGCACCACCUCCUCCUACAUUUCUAACUUUCACAUAUAUUUUUUCUCUCUUUCUUCAUAUCAAAUCAUCAACAAUGGUGAUCCCAACAAAACCUCAUGCUACUCUACUUGCUAGCCCUGGCUUAGGCCACCUUAUCCCCAUGGUUGAACUCGCCAACCGCCUCACCGCACACCAUAAUUUCCACGUUACCAUUUUCGUGGUAACCAUGGAGCCUGGCCCAAACAAGCCCAACCUCCUUCCUAACCAGCCCAACACCCUCAAACCCUUGUAUGAUCUCGUUGUGCUCCCCUAUGUGGACUCCUCGGCCCAUAUGGGCCCAAGUGAUAAGAUCAUGACCCGACUUGUCAUCAUGAUGCGGGGCUAUGUUUCGAGCCUACGGUCUGAACUUGGGUCCAUGGAGCAGAACCCGACCCUACUUGUUGUAGACCUUUUUGGAACCGAAUUUCUUACGCUUGCAGAUGAGUUUAACAUGAUCAAAUAUGUUUAUAUUCCUUCAAAUGCGUGGUUUUUAGCUCAAACCGUGUGUGUACCUCUCCUAGAUAAACAAGUGAAGCAUGAAGGUCCCCUCAUUAUCCCGGGUUGUAAACGGGUAGAGUAUGAUGAUAUACUUGACCCGGUUUUCGACCCCGAAAAUAAGGACUAUGAUGAGUACGUUCGUAUUGCUCUUGAUAUAGGGACAGCUGAUGGGGUGUUGGUUAAUACUUGGGAAGACUUAGAGCCUACCACACUUUUUUCCUUCAAAAAUAAUAAAGUGUUAAAGGAAAUAUUUAAUAAACCGGUCUAUCCGGUCGGACCACUAGUUCGACCGGUUAGACCGGAGUGUUUAGGGGAAGAAUUAUCAGAGUGGCUAAAUAAACAACCUAAAGAAUCAGUCCUUUAUGUCUCAUUUGGAAGUGGGGGAACCUUGUCUAGUCAACAAACCAUAGAGUUAGCUUUGGGUUUAGAAAUUAGUCAACAAAGAUUUAUAUGGGUGGUACGUCCGCCAAUUGAGCAUGAUGGAGCUGGGGCCCUUUUCCAUGCAAUGGACGGUCAAGAUCAUAUGAUCUCUCAAUACUUGCCACCCGGGUUCAUGACCCGAACCCGCAACUUGGGUAAAGUGAUCCCUAUGUGGGCCCCACAAAUGGAGAUACUAGCUCACCCGUCGGUUGGAGGAUUUUUAUCGCACUGUGGUUGGAAUUCGACACUUGAAAGCCUUGUUAAUGGUGUACCUAUAAUUGCUUGGCCACUUUAUGCCGAGCAAAAUAUGAACGCGGCAUUGAUGGACGAGGAGGUUGGGGUGGCGGUCCGGCCCAAAGUGUUACCAACCAAAGUGAUUGUGGGUAGAGAGGAGAUUAAGAAGUUGAUAAACAAGAUUAUGGUUGAUGAUGAAGGUAUUAAGAUUAGGGAAAGAGUUAAGGAGGUGCAAGGAUAUGCAAAAAGAGCCUUGACUACGGAAGGGUCAACUUGUAAGUCAUUUGUGCAAGUGGCCAAUAAUUGUGAGAUGAGGUUGAACGGUCAUACAGCGAUAGCUAGUACUCCCUCCGUUCCAUAAUACAAGUUAUUUAUUCUGUUUUUUACACGGGAAUCAAUAUGAAGUGGAAUAUUGUUUUUUUUUUGAAUAAAAAGAUUCAUUUUUUAUUAGGAAACACUUGCAUUGUUUUUUUUUUUAA